AAAUAAAAAAGCGUCAAAGUCGGAAGAAGAGAAAGUUUCGAGUCUGUUUCUGUGGGGAGAUGGAGGUUCCAAGCUGUGAGAAGAUGCUUGAGUGUAUGAGCUCUUGUCUCUCUCAGAUCAAAUGGCGAAUCAAGCCCACUUCCAAACGCCGUCUCGAAAUAGAUGUGCUGGCACUAUGCACGGGGAUGAGACCAGUUGUGAUGAUUGACUAUGGUGGCAAGUUGCCUGAGCUUCAAGACCGCUUGCUUUCCCUUCUUGAGCUUCUCCAAGAGGGUUUACCAGUCUUUAAAGAUCUGAGGGUUAUGGUGAUAGAGGAUAUGAUUUACCUGAUAAAUGUGAGAAUACUGCCCAAGUGGUUGAGUUCAGAACCUGAGUUGUUCUUCGUCGACUUGGAACAAGAUCCUCCAAAGAUGGUUGAACAAAGCAAGGAAAGCAAUCUUGGGAUGCAGCUUAGGUCGAUUCAGAAGCUAUUCUCUUCCACAUUUCCUUUAGAUGGGAGCAACAAUGAUACCAAGACAUCACUUGAUGAAGCCAACUCUUCUCAGUCUUCUUUACUCAUCGAUCUUAGCUGUUGUUUACAAGACACUAAGGUUACAAUCCCAACAUUAAACGGAUGGCUUCUGGACUAUCCGGUUGUGUAUUUAUUCGGCACAGAUCACAUUGAAGAAGCAAUCUACAACCUCUCAACCAAGUCUCUCCGCAUCUUCAAAGUUCUAGUACAAAGGAAUGGUGCCACUGAGAAAGACUCUCUUUUAGAAGAGCUAACAAGUUUUUCGGUGCCAUAUGAUCUGAGUAUGGGAGGAAGCAAGGAAGUGUGGGCUGAAGCAUUUCUGGAGAGGAUGAGUUCAAGGUGGGAAGAAUGCAAACACAUUUGGAGUUCUUUGGAUUUGCAAGUUUCUGAAUGUUAUCCUCAAGCUAUUGUUCUUUAAGGCUUUCACUACUUAAAACAAUCGUUACAAUCGUUCAGUAAACUCUGGUAAUGAGUUCUUAUUUA